AUGAAGGUAUCCUAGCAUACCCAAAAUCUCUUGGAGAGCUACAGAGGAAUAACGGAGCGUUCCCCUGAUAAUGUUAUUUUUAAAUGUUAUUGGUUGAAUUCAGUGAAACUAUAUGAGAUUGACAAAUAGUAUAGAUUAACGAUUUUAUUUUGUUGCCUUAGGAGUUUGCCAGCUAGCAAGUCGCUAGUCUAGUGUCAGUGUACGUAGACUACAGUUACAUUAUGCUGCUAACGUUAGCUACCUAGUUCAAACGAAAUAUAUGGUUUAGCUAGAUUUGUCGCUCGCUUGCGUUAUAUUGCAUUCAUUUGAAAUCUAAUAUUAUUAAAAUUUUUAUUCCACAAUUAAAUUUACGUCUUAAGAAGAAUUUAUGCACGGAUUCAAACAGCCGCAGUGUGUGAACAAAUCAAACAACCACAUCAGAGAUGAUGGCGGAGCUGUGGAGACGUGGCAUGCCCCUGUCAGAUCGUAUGGAGAAUCACUCACCUGCAGAUAUGGCCCCUGGGUCCCCAACCACAUUAGCCCCAUCUAGUACAAAUGCCUCCUGGGGGCCCGAGGUCCCCCUGGUGACCCCAGAGGAACCCUACUUUCUCAUGACCUCCACUGCUCAGACGGUGUCUGGGUUCUUUGUCUGGACAGCACUGCUGAUCACCUGCCACCAGAUUUACAUGCACCUGCGCUACUACAGCUCCCCCAACGAGCAGAGGCACAUCGUUCGCAUCCUCUUCAUCGUGCCCAUCUAUGCCUUCGACUCGUGGCUCAGCCUCCUCUUCUUCACCAACGAGGAGUACUACGUCUAUUUUGACACAGUUCGUGACUGCUAUGAAGCCUUUGUCAUCUACAACUUCCUCAGCCUGUGCUAUGAAUACCUUGGAGGGGAGAGUGCCAUCAUGGCUGAGAUCAGAGGAAAGCCCAUUGAGUCCAGCUGUGUGUAUGGCACAUGUUGUCUCUGGGGCAGGACUUACUCUAUUGGGUUCCUCAGGUUCUGUAAACAGGCCACUCUACAGUUCUGUGUGGUGAAGCCUCUCAUGGCAAUGAUCACUGUCAUCUUGCAGGCUUUUGGGAAGCACAGAGAUGGAGACUUUAAUGUGGCCAGUGGAUACCUGUAUGUGACCAUCAUCUAUAACUUCUCUGUCAGUCUGUCUCUGUACGCACUCUUCCUCUUCUACUUCGCCACUCGCCAGCUGCUGGUCCCCUACAGCCCCAUGCUGAAGUUCCUCAUGGUCAAAUCUGUAAUCUUCCUCUCCUUCUGGCAGGGCAUGCUGCUGGCCAUCUUGGAGAAGUGUGGGGCCAUCCCCAAAAUCAACUCGCCGCAGGUGUCUGUGGGAGAGGGCACUGUCGCUGCUGGUUACCAGAACUUUAUCAUCUGCAUUGAGAUGUUCUUUGCUGCUGUGGCCCUGCGCCACGCCUUCACCUACAAGGUCUACAUGGACAAGAGGCUGGAUUUGUAUGGGUCGUUCCCUAUCUAUGGACAGUACGGUCGCUGCGCCCCCAUGAAAAGCAUCUCAAGCAGCCUGAAAGAAACCAUGAACCCUGGGGACAUGGUGCAGGAUGCCAUCCACAAUUUCUCCCCAGCCUACCAGCAGUACACUCAGCAAUCCACACUGGAUCAGCAUGGGGGGCCUCCCAUGUCCCGCAGUCACAGCAACCUCAGCGCCCGUGACAACGAGAAGACCAUGCUCCUCAGCUCCGACGAUGAGUUCUGAAACCCUACGCACCAACUGGUGGUACUUCUGGGGAAUGCCUCAACGGACUCUACUGUCGUGCCAAAUCAACAGGCUUGAGUGCUUUGGCUGAUCCACUUCAGAUAUAGUUCCCAUAUACCGAUACAGGUCUCUAGUGACAAUACAGGCUAGCAACCAAUUACGUAUAUUAGGCGUCAAUCGCACAGGCAGCUCAGUUUGGAUCCGUUUCCACACUAACUGCUUUUUUUGACCAAUCACGUCAAAUCUUUUUCUGAGGUGAUCGGAUUGGUCCAAAGAAACAAUUGGUUAAAAAGAAAAGCGUAAUAAUAAUCAUCUGAAUUGGGCUGCUUGUGUUGAUGCGGCUGUAGAAGGGUUAUUUCCCCAUAACACUGCCAAUACACAAACUGAAAUACACACAGGUGCGUUGGCCUCUCCACGACCCCUUCGGUCGGUGCGUUAACACUACAAAGGCCUGCCGCACCAGAAAAACAUACACUCACAAACGUGCGUGCCAUGAAAAUAUUGUCUGACAUGUUCAGUUUCUCCAUUUUUUUUUUUUUUAUCAGACAUCCAUUCUCCUUCCCCCCCACCUCCUCCUGCUAGCUUUGCCUCACACUGAAAUGUGCCCAGAUAGGAAGAGAUUCUGCUUGGCCAGUUUAAUCCUUUCACACUAAAGACUUGGAUUUCCAAGAUCACCCCUCAGUUACCGGACCAUAUCCUAAUAUACGUGGUUAUUAAAGUUACUGUAUUUUCAUGUAUAAUUAAUGGGUAGCACACUUGGCAUUUUACCGUGUCUAAUAGGAAAGACUUAAGAUUUGAGGGAGGUUUUUAUGCGUCUGUGUUUGAGUGUGUUGGUCGGUAUGAAACGGAAGGUACAAUGAGGAUAACAUGAAAGCUCGGUUUCAGGGGUUAUUCGUGGAUGUCUCCCAGAAUGUUAUUAGGGUUGUUGUUGUUGACAUACUGAGGGAGCAGCUGUGGACAGACGUUUGGUUUGGGUGUGGGGGGGGCGACAGACAUCGCCUUGCAGAUUAAAGAGGUACAGCCUUCUCAGAGGAGCCGAUCCGGCUGCAGAAAACCAGAUUAUAACCCUGCAAUUCGGGCAUUACCAGCACUUUGGCUGCCAGAUCAGUGUAGUGAAAAGGGCUACGUACUGUACUUUGUACAGAUGUUCCCACCCACUGAGGAUACUCGAGGCUUCGAAGGCACUCACGGAUGAAAUGUACACACAGUGUGUAAAAUAGCUAAACUGAACUGUAAGAUGUAUUGGCACAUGUUGUCAGGAUUUGGGGCAUAUUAUAGAUGCCAAGAUUGUGCAGGCAUAACUAAUAGAGGGUGUACAUUUUUUUCAAAAGGGAAUUUACUUAUCAUCGGCACCUACUAAUUUUGACCAAAGUGUCGUGUUUACUCUAAACACACAAAGGGACUCCUGAACACUUAAUUUACUGUUUUGUGUGCAUAGUAUCAGUUAAAUCCUCAGGAAGCCUUCGGAGGAUUGACCGUUAGAGGGGGUCCGUGUAUCAUUUCAGCUGUUCUACAAUUGCUUUGGGUGACACAGUGGAGAUGGCGUAAAAGCAAGGGUAUAUGGACCAAGUAAAGGUUUGCCCCGUGUCAAUUUCCAAAACAGCCUAUGGGAAGAGUCUGAUAGGCUUGCCAACAUAUUCAAUUUGAACUAAAACUAAUUCUGCCUAUCUCCGGCAUUAGUUUACCUCAGUUAUGACUGGAUAUACCUGCUUUCUUUAUUUCUAGCUACUUUCUGCCUUUGGGUUCAUAUGCUGCUGCUCAGUGUCACAGCAAACUCUUAAUUGCUUUUUCUUUUGAGAAGUAUUUUUGCUGGACAGAUUGCAUUAUACUCGUGUUAACUCCUCUCACUGCACUGCAAUUGCCAAAGCAGCAGUUUUACAUUGUAAGUAAAUGGUAAAAAUACCCUUAUUUAAGUGAAUUUUGUUGUCUACAGCAGUGGUUGUCAACUGGUUUUUGCCCCAGGACCCAACUGAAACAGGUUGAUGCAGUCACAAGCCAAUGUUAGAAGUUUAAAUAUUCAAACAGCAGCUGCAACCCGAAUUCAGGUUGCGACCCCUAAAGUUGAGAACCACUGCUCUACAGUAACAAGUUCAAUAAAUACAACAUAUUAUGCAGGUUUAAGUCUUUGGUAGGGGCUGCACACAGUUCUAAUUAUUUGGACGUUGCGCCCUAUGUUGUAUAUUUUGGGUAUUAUGAAUAUAUUAUUCCUGAUAAUACAGGAUAUUGUAUAUAAAGUUGAAAUAGAGAACAUAAUAUGAAUAUUGGUUAUUAUAACAAUGGUGUAAAGCUCAGAGAAUGCUUAGUUUUGUACUGUCUCCAUAUUGCUUUAUUCAUUUAUUUGGUUGCAGGACCACCCGAUGGGCCCUCAGCCAUAUAUUCUAAAGGCACUGUGCUCCCUAAUCACUACGCUCCCUCAGUUGACAGAUCCUAUGCUCCCUAAUCACUAUGCUCCCUAAUCACUAUGCUCCCUCAGUUGACAGAUCCUAUGCUCCCUAAUCACUAUGCUCCCUAAUCACUAUGCUCCCUCAGUUGACAGGUCCUAUGCUCCCUAAUCACUAUGCUCCCUCAGUUGACAGGUCCUAUGCUCCCUAAUCACUAUGCUCCCUCAGUUGACAGGUCCUAUGCUCCCUAAUCACUAUGCUCCCUCAGUUGACAGGUCCAAUGCUCCCUAAUCACUAUGCUCCCUCAGUUGACAGGUCCUGUGCUCCCUAAUCACUAUGCUCCCUCAGUUGACAGGUCCAAUGCUCCCUAAUCACUAUGCUCCCUCAGUUGACAGGUCCAAUGCUCCCUAAUCACUAUGCUCCCUCAGUUGACAGGUCCUGUGCUCCCUAAUCACUAUGCUCCCUCUGUUGCCCAGGUCUUAUGCCUCCUCACCCUGUUCUCAGAGCCUUGUGUUCCCUCAGCCCUAUUUUUCCUCCAUGGUUUCCAACCAUUGAACUUGUAUGCAUGGCUGUCAUUUGUUUUAGAUUGAAAAUAGUUCAAAGGCUGUGACUGUAUUAUUAUGAACCAGGUGCUUUGAGUGCUGAUUGGCUUAUGGCAGAUGUGUGAAAUCAUCACUUUACUGUUCUAAUUGGGUUGGUAACUGGUUUGUGAUAACAGUAAGGCGUCUCUUGUGUUUGUGAUAUAUUGCCAAUAUACCACGGCUUAGCAUGGUGUCCAGGCACUCUGUGGUGCGUUGUGACUUAGCUGUGGUAUACUGGCCACAUACCACAGCCCCUCUUUUUUGUCAAUUAUUUAAAACAGUAACUCCAGUGCUGUUCCUCUGAUAUAAUGGCUUUUUAUUAGGGAUCUUUCCAAUUCAGAUGUUUCAAAUUAUCUGCUUACAUCAGGUUAUCUGUUGUAAACUCAAGUGGUUUGGUUCCUGGGACCGUGGGCUCCUAGGAAUGUAGGUUGAAAGAAACAUUCACAUGGUCAGUUUUUAUGUUUGUGGUAUUAUUAUGCUUUAUACAUUAUGAUGCUGGUUUUGUCUGUGUAGUGUUCAAACAACACAAUUAAAGACGGAACAAAUGUUGGGACUUU